AUGAUAUGGGGUAGCGCGCCAUACAUCGGCCUUGUUGUCGCUUUCGGAACACGAUUUGGCCCGGCCGAUACGACUGCGUCCCAGACAUACUGCGUCAUUACUACGGUUGUACUCAUGUACCUCGACAGAGCCGCGACGGCUAUUGGCAAGACUGCCGAACCAAACUUUGAGGAGACUGGACUUCAGCACCGCGCUGUACAGUUUGCGCUUGCCUUCUUUGCCCUUUCGGAGCUGGAAUAUCACCGACAAUACUACGCUACGAAAGCUUUCCAGAAAUCCGAUAAAUCUUCAUGGCGUUCUUGGGUCGCUGACGCCGAUCGCACAUUUAAUGUCUCGAGACAUCAAAGCGUAUAUUGGCAUUUGGGAUCUGUCAACGAAGGAAACAACAAAGAGUCUGAAGAAUCAUUCGCAUCAACGGUGUCCUACAUCCUACGUGUGCUCCUCUUCGACAGCCUACCAUUCCACUUAGUCGGCGGAUGCUUUAAUUACGCGAUCAACAGCACGGUGAAUCCGACCCCUGCGAAUGGUCGCCUGGCCAUGCAAAUGAUCGGAAACUUCAAUGUCUUCUUCAAUACAAAGACUAUAUGGGGCGUCUACUUGAACCUCUGGGUACUGUCCAGGGUCGUACGACAAGCCAACUUCAUCGCUGUUUGGGGCAUCUUCCGAGUGUCAUCUGGCGCUCUGGAUUGGUGGAAAAGCAAGCGAAUAACUGCGUGUCACGAGCAUUACGAGAAGUUGCAGGGUGAUCAACAACUAUGA